AUGGCCGCAACUCCCGAUCCCCAAACUCUCGAUAUCCCGCUCCCCACCUUGAGGUUGGCCACGUCGGCACUCAAGGCCCUCCAGGUAGACCCGGAACUCUCCCAGCUUGUCACCCGAGAGUUCUCCGUUGUGCCGGCGCCGGAGUCUCCCGACGACGAUGCUCGAGUCCUCAAGGUCAAAUACAAGGCCACCACCAACCGCAUGUUGCGCGUCGCCGUCAACUCCUUCAUGGACAGCCUAAAGUUGGUGCUGGAGGUCAUGGAGCAGCUAGACACCGAUGUUCUGGGUCAGCCGCAAGAAGCUGGGCAAUCAAACUAA